AUGUUUUUCACGCCUGAGCACUUCACCGGCUUUAGGACAUCGAGGACAAUUAAGAAAUGCCACUUGCCGAUGGCAGAUAUCGACCGAGCAGUGGAGAUGGGGAAGAUGGAACUGUGCCCCGCAGCCGACAACAUCGAGGGUAAGCACCUCCCAGAAGGAGUACACGGCGUUAACGUUUUCGCAGUACCGGAAAUGAAGGGCAGGAGACGACUCAUCACCGAACCGCACCUAAACGCGUGCCUCCAGACGAGCGACAUGCCGAAAGUCCAGUACCCAACGCGCCUAGAGCGAAGGCAGAGUUUGCGGAACAAGCGGUACAUGCUUCAAGUGGAUUUCGAAGCGUACUAUGACGCCACCCCGCUCCCUGGUGAGUUGCGAAACUUCUUUGUCUUUCGCGCCCGCAACGGCGCCUACUUCCGUCUCUGCACGCUGCCUACAGAAGCACGGUGGAGUGUCGCAGUGGGUCAGGGUAUUACGUCAACAAUAGUCGACGUCGAUACACCAGUAACGAUCAUGACUAUGAUUGACAAUAUCUUGAUUGCAGCGGACGAAGGACAGGAAGAGGACUUUUUGUCGGCUGUCCGCAGGAUUAUGGCGCGUAUACGCGGCGCCAACCUUCUCACAUCGCCCGAUCGCGAAUCCUUGGCAACCAUGGACGACGCGUCAUUGUUGUCGUUGGCUAAGGAACCGAACACCUUUCUCGGGGAAGAGUAUAGGUGGAACGGUAGCGAGCGCUUAGUGCGCAACUCGGCGAAGAGUGUGGCGAAGUUGAUCGUCGCGUUACGAAAGCCCGCCUUCACAAUUCGGUCCUUUGCGUCGGUUGUGUCGCUCAUGUUUUACAUGUUGCACACCACACUGAUCAACCCUGCACGAGCUUGGAGCCCCCUUGGUGCACAACCCGUGGCAACCCAUCGCCAGGGAACGCUCCGCCACGUACUCGGAAGACGACUACGACGUGGUGUGCUUCACGGAUGCCUCCUUAGGCGGGUGGGGCGCGUACGCCCACAAACACCUGCGCAACACGUCAAGGGAGGCAGGCUCCGUCGGACCACUCGAUGA